AUGAAGGACUUGAAGACGAGACUAAACGAGAUGAAGAAGAAGUACUCGCGGAAGGGCGACGAUGCCGAGAAGACUGCCGAAGAGAACAACAGGGGCGUCAGUGUGGUAAGCUACACGAUUUAAACUUUAAAAACAGGGCUGUCAAUGUAGUAAAGUUUAAAAUUUAAAGAGUUCUCUUAUAAAAUGUGUUUAAAAAUGGCAAUUUCUGAGUAUGAAUAUUCAAAUAUACUGCAAAUACCGAAAUGUACCUUCAAACACUUACAUUGUAAUGACUUUUCAUUACUUGAUGACUUCAGAAGGAAAAACGCAAACGACGAACUACAGCUUCUGCCAAACGUCGUUCUGGAGCGACUACACAAGAUGUCACUGAAACCGUAGAUAGUAGUACCAAGGUGAAGAGAACCAGCUCUGCGUAGGUUGAUUUAACUUUUGGUGACACUUUUAAUAUAACAUGUCAUAUUAUGUCAUUAUAAAAAUGGCAAAAAGGUCUGAAGCUUAAACUUUCAAAUUGUUGGAUUAAGUAUUACUGUAACUGUCAUUCUUUAUUAAAGCUUUAUUUUCAGCGACAAAUCACAGAAAAGGAGCAGAAAGUAAGUUAAAACUUCAUAAUAUUAGAAUGUUAUAUUACAAAGUGAGAGAUAAUAUUGAAGGUAUGGUAACAUACCAAGCUUUUAACCACGGUAACUAACAACUCUUGUUAUCUAGGAAAAAAGCGACAAAAGAAGAAGGUAAUGUGUCAGUGAAGGAGAAACGAAAGCCUAAAGACAAUCACGAGAAGCCCGAGAAGGACAAGGAGGAGAUCAUCCCUGAUAAGAACGGCUACGUCACCUGGCUACUGGACAAAGACAUGCCUGGGCUGAAGAAGGAGUUCCAGGAACUGGCUACUGAAAACGUUAACCCAAGUGCUACAGCAGGACUAGACGGCGACAAUGCCUCCAAAAAUAGGUACAAGGUUAGUUACCGUAGUCAAAUGUCCUAUAUACGGUCAGUAAAUACAAUUGUUAGUAACACUGCAUCUGUUAUAGUAAAAACUCAGAGAUUGUACCAUUUUACCAGUUGUCAUCAUGUUCUACAUUGUACUUCAUACUAAAGUAUUUAGACAGUCCAAUGUAUCGAAGAAAGCCGUGUAAAACUAUCUGAUGGAGGCUACUACAACGCCAAUUCUGUAGAUUCGAAGUUUAUACUGGCACAGUCUCCACUAGCAUCUACAGUAGCCAACUUCUGGGAUCUAGCUCAAACUGAAGGUGUCGAUGUGGUAAGUUGGUAUUGCUAUUGCAUUUGUUAUUACUUUAUAUGAUGAUAAUCUUACUAUGACUAUGUGAUAUUGUAAAGUAAAAUGACUUCAGAUUGUACAAAUGACUCCAUGCGACGACGGGAAGAAGUGUGGUACAUAUUACAAGCCUGGAGAGAGUGGGGAGUUCGGAGGGAUCAAAGUGGCGACAACCAAGGUAAAUUCCCUAAACUUAUUGACUGAAAUCUAUUUAAAACAGUUAUCGAUUGAACACCCAAUUAAAACAUUAUACAUAGAACGCAUUACUGUAACCUUGACUUGCAGCCAGAUGCCAUUGCAUCAGACGAUCAGAACGUCCAAGUGUCAGUGAUAAAAGCAGAAACCCCUAAGGGCGAGGUCAACGCCAAACACAUCUUCUGGAGCAACUUCCCCGUCGUCGGAUUUCCAGAAGCCUCAAGUGCCGUUUUUCAUAUAUGGAGAGCGACCAGACACGCCAAAAAGGUACUGGUACACUGUGCUUGUGGCUCUGGUCGAAGCGCCGUUGUUGUUCUAGGUUGUCAAGGAAUCGACCGACUGUACGCUGGUCAAGAAGUCGCUCUGCUCAAGUUGGCCAAGGAGCUCAGGCAGAAACGGCAUCUGGCUAUAAAAUGUGAAAUGGUAAAGAGAUAUGAGUAUUACCUAAAUUACCAAAUUGCUCUCCUUUCAGUCAAAGUUGACUUGUUUUUUUAUUAUUUCAAGCAGUUUUAUCGUUAAACUAUUAAAAAUUUUGUAAUAAAAAAUUAUAUAACAAUCAUUAACCAUCCAUAGAAAGACUUAAAAUUAACUAAUAACCUUUCAGCACUACAUUUACACUGCCCGGAUUCUGUUGUUCACACUGAUGAAGUCGAAUUCAGUAGAAAUGAGUCAGAACUUGCUGAUGUUCAUCGACGACUACGACUCUUACGCCAAGAAAUAUGCAAAUGAAGAAAAGGAAAAGAGGAAAAAGGCACCCAAGUACGAUGCCGGAGAAUGUUCCGAAGACUGA